GUCAGAUGCCAUCUACUCUGCUAUGUAUGACGGCUCUGGGCUGAUCGAAGUGCUGCGUGGUCAUGAAUACUUGUCCCAUCCCUUUGCGGUCACCAUGUAUGGAGGCGAGGUCUACUGGACAGACUGGAUGACAAACACUUUGGCCAAAGCCAACAAAUGGACGGGGCAUAACGUGACUGUAGUCCAGCGCACCAACACACAGCCAUUUGACCUGCAGGUCUAUCACCCAUCCAGGCAACCUGAGGCUCCCAACCCAUGUGCCACCAGAGACGGCAAAGGCCCGUGCUCCCACCUUUGUCUCAUCAACUUUAACCAGACCUUCUCCUGUGCCUGCCCACACCUCAUGAAACUGCAGGCUGACAAACGAACCUGCAAAGAGUCCCACAAGUUCCUUCUUUAUGCUCGUCAGAUUGAGAUCCGAGGUGUCGACAUAGACAAUCCCUACUACAACUACAUCAUCUCCUUCACUGUGCCAGACAUAGACAAUGUGACGGCAGUGGACUACGAUGCCGUGGAGCAUCGUAUCUACUGGUCAGAUGUUCGAACACAGACCAUCAAGAGAGCUUUCAUCAAUGGCACAGGGGUGGAGACAGUUGUUUCUGCUGAUCUCCCUAAUGCUAAUGGGCUGGCUGUGGACUGGGUGUCCAGGAAUCUUUUCUGGACCAGCUAUGAUGCCAACAAGAAGCAGAUCAAUGUGGCCCGACUUGAUGGAUCUUUCAAGAAUGCUGUUAUCCAGGGAUUAGACAAGCCCCACUGUCUGGUGGUGCACCCUCUGCUGGGGAAACUUUACUGGACUGACGGUGACAACAUAAGCAUGGCCAACAUGGAUGGUACCAAUCACACAACACUUUUCACCAGUCAGAAGGGACCAGUAGGCCUUUCUAUUGAUUAUGAAAAGGAGCAGCUCUACUGGAUUAGUUCAGGAAAUGGCACCAUUAACCGUUGCCAGAUGGAUGGAUCUAAACUGGAGAUACUGGAAGGUGUUAAAGGCAAACUUACCAAGGCUAGUGCACUAGCUGUUAUGGGAGACAAGCUGUGGUGGGCAGAUCAAGGAAUGGCCCAGAUAGGAACGUGUGACAAGAACAAUGGAGGAAACUGGAGGGUUCUGCGAAACAACACCUCGCCUAUGAUGCACAUGAGGAUCUACGAUGAGGAUGUGCAGAAAGCGCGAAUCAACCUGUGCAGUAACAACAAUGGUGACUGCUCCCAGCUGUGUCUCCCCACCUCACCAACAACCAGGGCCUGCAUGUGCACCGCAGGGUACAGCCUCAAGACAGGACAGCAGUCCUGUGAAGGUAUGGGCUCGUUCCUUCUAUACUCUGUUCACGAGGGAAUCAGAGGAAUUCCUCUCGACCCGGUAGACAAAUCUGACGCCUUGGUGCCGGUGUCUGGCACCUCUUUGGCUGUCGGCAUCGACUUCCACGCUGAUAAUGACACCAUCUAUUGGGUGGACAUGGGCCUGAGCACUAUCAGCAGGGCUAAGAGAGAUCAGACAUGGAGAGAAGACGUGGUGACCAAUGGCAUCGGCCGGGUUGAGGGGAUCACUGUUGACUGGAUAGCAGGAAAUAUUUACUGGACUGACCAGGGCUUUGACGUGAUUGAGGUUGCCAGGCUGAAUGGCUCUUUCCGCUAUGUAGUCAUUUCCCAGGGCCUGGACAAACCCAGAGCCAUCACUGUCCACCCAGUGAAAGGAUAUCUGUUCUGGACUGAGUGGGGUCAGUACCCUCGUAUUGAGCGUUCUCGGUUGGAUGGCUCCCAGAGGUUGGUCCUGGUCAAUUCCAGCAUCAGUUGGCCAAAUGGGAUCUCUAUCGACUACGAGGAGGGGUUUCUGUACUGGUGCGAUGCGAGGACGGACAAGAUUGAGCGCAUCAAUCUGGAGACUGGAGACAACAGGGAGGUGGUGCUGGCCAACAACAACAUGGACAUGUUUGCCGUGUCUGUUUUUGAGGAGUACAUUUACUGGAGCGACAGGACUCAUGCCAACGGGUCCAUCAAGAGAGGCAGUAAAGACAAUGCUACAGAUGCUGUGCAGCUCAGGAGUGGCAUUGGUGUCCAGCUGAAGGACAUCAAGGUUUUCAACAGGGCCAGGCAGCAAGGCACAAACGUCUGCAAACACAACAAUGGCGGCUGUGAACAGCUGUGUCUUUAUCGUGGCAACGGACAGCACACCUGUGCCUGUGCUCAUGGCAUGUUGGCAGAGGACAACUGCAGCUGCCGUGACUAUGAUGGAUACCUGCUGUACUCGGAGCGGACUAUCUUGAAGAGCAUCCACCUCUCUGAUGAGACCAACCUUAACGCGCCGAUAAAGCCGUUUGAGGACCCCGAUCACAUGAAGAAUGUCAUCGCCCUCAGCUUCGACUACCACGGCGGUGGAGGGAAGGCGGCCAACCGCAUCUUCUUCAGCGACAUCCACUUUGGCAACAUACAGCAGAUCAACAACGACGGCACAGAUCGCAAGAUUGUGGUGGACAAUGUUGGGUCUGUUGAGGGCCUGGCAUACCACCGCGGUUGGGAUACACUCUACUGGACCAGUUACACAACCUCCACCAUCACUCGACACACUGUGGAUCAGAGCCGCACUGUGGCCUAUAACCGCAACACUGUGGUCACUAUGUCUGGAGAGGACCACCCCAGAGCCUUUGUGCUGGACGAGUGUCAGGAUCUCAUGUUCUGGACCAACUGGAAUGAGCUGUCUCCCAGCAUUAUGAGGGCUUCUCUGAAUGGAGCCAACAUGCUGGUGAUCAUCGGCAGUGAUAUUAAAACUCCAAAUGGCCUCGCCAUCGAUCACCGAGCUGAGAAACUCUAUUUCUCUGAUGCCACCUUGGACAAGAUUGAGCGCUGUGAAUAUGAUGGAAGCAAUCGUUACGUUUUAUUGAAGAAUGAGCCCGUCCAUCCGUUCGGUCUGGCUGUGUAUGGAGAUUACAUCUUCUGGACUGACUGGGUGAGGAGGGCAGUCCUUCGAGCCGACAAGUACACAGGAGGAGACAUGAAAGUGUUGCGCGCAGACAUCCCUCAGCAGCCAAUGGGCAUCGUUGCUGUGGCGAAUGACACCAACAGCUGUGAGUUUUCUCCUUGCCGAUCAAAUAAUGGAGGUUGCCAAGACCUGUGUCUGCCCACGUCCGAUGGACGGGUUAACUGCAGUUGCCGUGGUGAUCGUCAACUUUUGGAAGACAACACGUGCUCUUCGCUGAACGUGUCCUGUGGAAGUGUGGAUGACUUUGAGUGUGGAAACGGUGACUGUAUCAACUACAGCCUGACCUGCGACGGCAUGGCCCACUGCAAGGACAAGUCCGACGAGAAGCAAUCGUACUGUGCCAAUCGCAUGUGCAAGAAAGGCUAUAGACGCUGCAUCAACGGACGCUGUAUUGGCCACCAGUUCUGGUGUGAUGGCACAGAUGACUGUGGUGACCAUUCAGAUGAGCUGCCCUGUAAUAUGACCCUGUGUAAAGUAGGAGAGUUCCAGUGCAAAGAUGGAAGCUGCAUCUCCAACUUCAGUCGCUGUGACCAGGUGGUCAACUGUGAAGAUGCUAGUGAUGAAAUGAACUGCCAGCCAACAGAUUGUUCCCGUUUCUUCCGUUUGGGAGUUAAAGGAGCAAACUUCCAGAGCUGCGAGAAAACCACUCUGUGUUAUCUGCCCUCAUGGGUGUGUGACGGCAAUAAUGACUGUGGCGACUUCUCCGAUGAGAAAAACUGCCCAGACAAAAGGAAGCUUAAAUGUCCAGUCAACUUCUUUGCCUGUCCGAGUGGUCGCUGCAUUCCUAUGAGCUGGACAUGUGAUAAGGAGAACGACUGUGAAAAUGGAGCUGAUGAGACACACUGUGACAAAUUUUGUACAUCCACCCAGUUUGAAUGUGCGAACCAUCACUGUAUUUCCAGUCACUGGGUGUGUGAUGGCUCUGAUGAUUGUGGUGAUGGAUCUGAUGAGGACCAGAAAUGCAAAUCGAAGACCUGCAGUCCAGAGGCCUUCCAGUGUCCAGGUUCCCAUAUGUGUGUACCGCAACGCUGGAAGUGUGAUGGAGACAAGGACUGUCCUGAUGGAGCUGAUGAGAGUGUCAAGGCGGGAUGCAUGUACACCAACAACACUUGUGAUGCUGAAAAUGAGUUCAUGUGCCAGAACAGACAGUGUAUCCCUAAGCACUUUGUGUGCGAUCAUGACAUUGACUGCUCUGAUGGUUCAGAUGAGUCCCCCGAAUGCGAAUAUCCAACGUGUGGUCCAGAUGAGUUUCGCUGUGCCAAUGGCCGCUGCCUCAACCAGAAGAAAUGGGAGUGCGACGGAGAGUUUGACUGUCAGGAUCGUUCCGACGAAGCUCCUAAGAACCCUCGCUGCAUGGAUUCAGAGAGAACGUGUAAUGAGACAGACUUCAUGUGCCGUAACGGCAAGUGCUUGAAUGAGACUCUGCUGUGCGACCGCAACGAUGACUGCGGUGAUGGCUCUGAUGAACUCAACUGCUUCAUCAACGAGUGUCUCAACAGCAAGCUGAGUGGCUGCUCACAGCUCUGUGAUGACCUCAAGAUUGGCUUCAAGUGCCGCUGUCAUCCUGGCUUCCAACUGAAGCGUGACGGGAAGACAUGUGUGGAUGUAGACGAAUGUACCACCACCUACCCCUGUUCUCAACGCUGCAUCAACACACAUGGCAGCUUCCACUGUCUGUGCGUGGAUGGCUUUGAACUCAGCCCCAACGACCCCACCAUAUGCAAGUCCACAUCUGAAGAGGAGCCCUAUUUGAUCUUUGCUAACCGGUACUACCUGAGAAAACUCAACCUGGACGGUUCCAACUACACCUUAAUAAAACAGGGUCUGAAUAAUGCCGUGGCACUGGACUUCCACUAUGCAGAGCAUAUGAUCUACUGGACAGAUGUGACCACUCAGGGCAGCAUGAUCCGACGCAUGCAUAUGAACGGCAGCAACAUCGAGGUUUUACACCGGACCUCCCUGAGUAACCCAGAUGGCUUGGCAGUGGACUGGGUCGGUGGAAACCUGUACUGGUGUGACAAAGGACGGGACACCAUUGAGGUGUCAAAACUUAAUGGGGCCUAUCGGACUGUUUUGGUCAACAAUGGCUUAAGGGAACCUCGCGCUGUUGCUGUGGAUGUUCGCUAUGGGUACCUGUACUGGUCUGACUGGGGUGACAACCCUCACAUUGGGAGAAUCGGCAUGGACGGCACCAAUAGAAGUGUUAUCGUAGAGGAUAAGAUCACCUGGCCCAAUGGACUCACCCUGGACUUCAUCAAUGACCGAAUAUACUGGGCUGAUGCGAGGGAGGACUAUAUUGAAUUUGCCAGCCUUGAUGGCACCAGCAGACACACAGUUCUCAGCCAGGACAUCCCCCACAUCUUCGCCAUGACUCUCUUUGAGGAGUACAUUUACUGGACCGACUGGGAAACCAAGUCAAUCAACAGAGCUCACAAGAGUCUGGGAACCAACAAAACCACCUUGAUCAGCACCCUGCAUCGACCCAUGGACAUCCACAUUUACCAUCCCUAUCGCCAGCCUGAGGUGCUCAAUCAUCCAUGUCAGACAAACAAUGGCGGUUGCAGUAACCUCUGUCUUCUCUCUCCUGGAGGAGGUUACAAAUGUGCCUGUCCCACUAACUUCUACCUGGCCAGUGAUCAGCGCACAUGCAUGUCUAACUGCACAGCUAGCCAGUUUGUGUGCAAAAACGACAAGUGCAUUCCAUUUUGGUGGAAAUGUGACACAGAGGAUGAUUGCGGUGACCGUUCGGACGAGCCAGCUGAUUGUCCUGAAUUCAAAUGCAGACCGGGGCAGUUCCAGUGUGGAACGGGCAUCUGCACCAACCCUGCCUACAUCUGUGAUGGAGACAACGACUGCCAGGACAGCUCAGAUGAAGCCAACUGUGAUAUCCACGUUUGCCUGCCCAGCCAGUUCAAAUGUUCUCACCCAAGUCGCUGCAUCCCGGGCAUCUUCCGGUGCAACGGCCAGGACAACUGUGGAGAAGGAGAGGAUGAAAAAGACUGUCCUGAGGUGACGUGUGCGCCCACCCAGUUCCAGUGUGCCAUCACCAAACGCUGCAUACCUCGCGUGUGGGUGUGUGACCGUGACAACGAUUGUGUGGAUGGAUCGGAUGAACCCGCCAACUGCACCCAGAUGACCUGCGGCGUGGACGAGUUCAGAUGUAAAGACUCUGGACGCUGCAUCCCUGCUCGUUGGAAGUGCGACGGCGAGGACGACUGCGGCGACGCUUCAGAUGAACCAAAAGAAGAGUGUGCGGAGAGGACAUGUGAGCCGUACCAGUUCCGGUGCAAGAACAACCGCUGCGUACCGGGCCGCUGGCAGUGCGACUAUGACAAUGACUGUGGGGACAACUCGGAUGAAGACAACUGCAUGCCGCGACAAUGUUCCGAAAGUGAGUUUGCCUGCACAAACGGUCGCUGUAUUGCCGGGAGGUGGAAGUGUGAUGGAGACCAUGACUGUGCCGACGGGUCUGAUGAGCAUGGUUGUGAUCUGAAGUGUGACAACGACCAAUACCAGUGUAAGAAUGGACACUGUAUUCCCAUCCGCUGGCGGUGCGAUGCUGAUCCUGACUGCAUGGAUGGAAGUGAUGAGGAGAAUUGUGGCAGUGCUGCCGGACGUCACUGCCCUCUGGAUGAGUUCCAGUGCAACAACACUUUGUGCAAACCGCUCGCCUGGAAGUGUGACGGGGAGGAUGACUGUGGGGACAACUCUGACGAGAACCCCGAGGAGUGCAGGAGGUUCCAGUGUCCUCCCACCAGGGCUUUCCGCUGCCAAAACGACCGCGUAUGUCUGCAGGUCUCCAAGAGAUGUGAUGGUGUCAAUAACUGUGGCGACAACUCUGAUGAAGUGAACUGCCGGGCCCCUCCAGCUGUUCCCACAUGUGAGAAGGAUGAGUUCUUGUGCACAAACAGCAGAUGCAUCAGCUCCACUCUGCGCUGUAACUUCUUCAACGACUGUGAAGACUACGGCUCCGAUGAGAUCAACUGCAAGACAGAUACAAAGCUAAAUGACUGUAGGAGUAACAGGACUCAUUGUGGUGAUGGAGAUGAAGCCCACUGUGUCACCAAUGGCACCGACUCCUUCUGCUCCUGCAAACCAGGCUUCCAGAAAAUAGGACACCGCACCUGUGGAGAUAAGAACGAGUGUCUGCAGUUUGGAAUCUGUUCCCACAGUUGUAACAACACCAAAGGCUCCUUCAAAUGCAGCUGCCACAAAUAUUUUACCAGGAUCAAUGACACUUGCAAAGCUGACAGCAUGAACAGCAGCCGACAGAUUCUGUACAUAGCUGAUGACAAUGAAAUCCGCAGCCUGGACCCCGGCAUGCCCAACUGGCGCUAUGAGCAGACCUUUCAAGGCGACGCCAGCGUUCGCAUUGAUGCGAUGGACCUGCACGUCAAGACCAAUCACAUCUUCUGGACCAACUGGCACACUGGCCGCAUCUCCUCCUAUGAACUCCCGGGACAGUCCACGUCACCGCCGUCCUCCGCCAACUCUCACCGUCUCAAACGGCAGAGCGAGGGCAGGAUCACCAACCUGCAGAUCAAAGAGCUGAAGAUGCCUCGGGGUAUAGCAGUGGACUGGGUGGCUGGUAAUCUGUACUGGACUGACUCAGGUCGGGAUGUAAUCGAAGUGGCACAGAUGUCAGGCCAACACUGCAAAACUCUUGUCUCUGGCAUGAUAGAUGAGCCUUACGCCAUUGUUGUGGACCCACAAAGAGGCACCAUGUACUGGGCAGACUGGGGGAACCAUCCCAAAAUUGAGACCGCUGCCAUGGACGGUACUCUGAGGCAGACUCUGGUCCAUGAGAACAUCCAGUGGCCCACCGGUCUGGCUGUGGACUACUUCAACGAGCGUCUUUACUGGGCCGAUGCUAAACUCUCAGUUAUUGGUAGUGUUCGCCUGGACGGCUCUGAUCCGGUCAUUGCUGUUUCUGGCAUCAAAAACAACCUGCUCCAUCCAUUCAGCAUAGAUAUCUUUGAGGAUUACAUAUAUGGGGUCACGUAUAUCAAUAACGUUGUCUUCCGGGUCAACAAGUUUGGCAAAGGCCGCAUGGAAAAUCUUACCACGGGCAUCAACCAUGCUACUGACAUUGUGCUGUAUCACCGUUACAAGCAGCCAGAGAUGACUAAUCCAUGUGACAGGAAAAAGUGUGAGUGGCUGUGUCUGCUCAGCCCCAGUGGACCCGUGUGUACCUGUCCUAAUAACUAUGUGGCCAACAAUGGCACGUGUGUGGAGAGACCAACCCCCACGCAGUCGCCGUUCUCUCCCCCCUCAGUGCCCUGCGAUGUUCAGUGUCAGAACGGCGGAAGCUGCUUCCUCAAUGCUCGCCAGGUGGCCAAGUGUCGCUGUCAGCCCAGCUACACCGGAGAGAGAUGUGAGAUCAACCAGUGCAGGGACUACUGCAAGAAUGGAGGCACCUGCACUGCUUCUCCUACAGGCGCCCCAACCUGCAGAUGCCCAAAGGGUUUCACGGGGCCCACCUGCAACCGCCACACUUGUCAGGACUACUGCCUGAACAGAGGCAACUGCUCAGUCAACACAGGCAACCAGCCAACCUGUAGCUGCCCCCCAGAGUAUCAGGGAGACAAGUGCCAGUACAGUAAAUGUGAAGGGUACUGUCUGAAUGGCGGAACCUGCCUAGAAACCUCCAAUGGCACCAAACUGUGUCUGUGCCCCACCCAGUACAUUGGACACCAGUGCGACCUGGACAAAUGUCAAUUCUGUGGAGCGGGCAAAUGUUUGACGUCCUCCUCAGGGGAGGUGUCCUGCAGUUGUCCCAAUGGUCAGACCCACACCAGCUGCUAUUCCUGUCUGAACUACUGUGCAAAUGGGCAAUGUUCAGUCGACACUCGCACACUGCUUCCUCAGUGCAAGUGUCCUGCUGCGUGGAGAGGAUACAGAUGUGAAGUUGCAGCUGCACCUGUAGAUUCUCCCUCUUCCAGUGGAAGUACCGCCCCCAUCGCCAUCCCAGUGCUUCUGCUGCUGUUAGUGGCUCUGCUGGUGGUUGGUGCCAUCUUGUGGUACAAGCGGAGAAUGCGAGGGUCUCUAUGGCCGGGCAAAUCUCAUUCUCAGUGCUCGCGGGCCAAAGGCUUCCAGCAUCACCGGAUGACAAACGGAGCCAUGAAUGUUGAGAUUGGGAACCCAGCAUAUAAGAUAUAUGAAGGAGACCCUGAUGAUGACGCAGGGGAGCUCCUGGAUUCAGAUUUUGCUUUGGACCCGGACAAGCCGACUAACUUCACCAACCCAGUGUAUGCCACCCUAUACAUGGGCGCCCACAACAGCCGCAACUCUCUGGCCAGCACAGAUGAAAAGAAGGAGCUUCUCUCUCAGGGCGAUGAGGACCUGAGUGACCCACUAGCAUAGAGCUCGGCAUGAAUUGAAUUCUGCCAACAUUGCCCUGCCCAACCCAGUGAGCCGACAAGCUCCCUCGUCUUAUGCCUUUACCAACUGAAACUGAAAAGAAAAGCAACAAAAAAAAAAGCAAGAACACUGUAUAAAAUGUAUAAAAUGAAGGACUACUUUUUUAAGUAAUUGCAGUAUUAUAUUUUGUUCUUUGACAAAAAAAAAAAAAAAUCCUCUGGUGAUGAAAAAGGAUCCAUUUUAUAGACAUUUUUUUUUCAGUUAUUUUUAAUUUUGCUCACCUCCUCACAAUCUCACGCAUAUAGCCACUACCUCUGUGCAAAUGUAAAAGAUAGAUAGAGCGGCCGUGGAACAAAUUUAAUUUUUUAUUUUUGUAUGAAUUGUAUAGGGAAAAAAGAAAUAUUGUUCCAUCGUAGAAAAAUGUUGCCAAGUCUUUGUUGUUCAUGAAAGGGAGAAGAGUCGGCGUCACUAUGAAUGCUUCCUGGAUGCUGGUUUUGGCUCGGUCUUUCACACUAUGUGUAUAUGUAAGUUUGCUGCUGGAGGUUUUAAAGGGAGAAAUAAGAAGUUGUGUAACUGCACAUGUACACAUGGAGGACUCGGCAUCACAGUGUCUGCUCUGUUGUCUUAAAAAAAACAAAACAUUCGAGCGAUUGUCUUUUACCUCCUUGCACAGACUAAAGUUAUAUAUAUAAAUAUAUUUGCAUUUAUAUAAACCUAUUAACAAAGUGUCUUGAAAAUAUACCCAGGAAUACAAACAUCAGUAACAAAUAGCAGUCUGUACUUUUUAACAUUUUUUUUUUUUUUAACAUUAUUAUUAUUAUUUUUGACUUACUACGUGUCAGAAAUGAAUGAGUGGAUUAUGGCAGUGUGCGAGUGAGCUGCUGGAUGAAGAUGAUUGUAAUAAAGUCCACGUUCCUGGAUGAAAUAGUCUGGGAUGGAUAUCUGUGGCCUUGGUUUAGCCUACUGCAGGACACUCUGGACAGAAGCCCGAUUUUGCUCUGAAAUUGUUGUAGAAAGUUCUCUUUUUUGGGGGGAGUGACGACAAGCUUCUGUGAAUUUCCAGUCAUCACUGAAAAAAAACCAAUCUGCAACGAAUAGUUAACUGAGAAUGGUAACAUUUAGCUUUUGGUCCUUGUCUUUUCAUUGUAAAUGUACUUUCAAGAAAGCCAGGGAACACGUUCAAUGGUACGUAUUUCUGGGGGAGGUUUGUUUUUUUUGUUUGUUUGUUGUUGGUUUUUUUGCAUCGUAUGUAAUUACAUGAACAUGUAAUUUAGGUUAAUGCUCAUUGUUAAGUGCAUUCCCAGUAAGGAGACUGAUUAUCUUCCUGAUAAGCAUUCCUUUGUUAAUUCCUUUGCCUUGCUGCUAACGCUAACCACCCGUCUGUCUGUCAGCCUGGUUUUUAAGUCUUCACAGUGUUGCUCUGUGUGUCUCACUGCUCACCACACUGCUUUUAACUGAGCUUCUUCUCAGCCAUACCUGCCAUAUCACUGCACGGUGCUCUCACUCAUCCUUCCUAAAGGAAACAAGUCUUUUACCUACACUUAAUGACAGUAUUGAUGACAUUAUUAUUAUUUUUUUUUUAACAUCCUGAUCUAUUAGAAUUUCACCUCUCCAUGUAAAUUAAAACAAUCAUUUUUUUUCAGUUGGAAAUUUUUAGUGGCUAAACCCACAUGGAUACUUGUGGUUCUGAUUGUUUUGUUAUAAUUUUAUUUCUUUUUGAUAUAAGAAAUUAAAUUGAUUUUUUUAUAGUAGAACUAUACAGUGGCUCGGUCUGUCAUUUUGGAGAGAUGGAGAGGAAACGCAGUUGUUUAUUAUUUCUUGCUGGAGUUAAUCAGGUUUUAACAUCGGCUAUCCUAAAAAGGCUUUAAAAAUAAAACAUGACCAUGUAGCAAAACAGUUGUGUGAAUGUUGCUUUAUCAAGAAAGACCACCAGGCUUUUGCUUUUAAAAACUCAUGUACUGCCAAAACAGUCUUUUAUUUUUAUAUAGUUAGAUAACUCAUCUUAUUUAUUAAAAAGAAAGUGUCAUCUUUCAGUCAAUAGCUCAUGGAUCAUUUCCUCUAAAGGUAAUUUUUUGAUUUCAAUAUACAUAAAUGUAAAUGUCCACUUAAAGAAUAGUGUCUUAAACAGCAUAAGCCAAAUGUAGUGUACAGAGUAUCGCUCCCUUUGUGCCAUUGUUACAUUAAAACACAGGCUGCAGUUCUCGACAGCUGUUGACAGCUGAAUUAGAAAAUACAAAAACAUCCUUCAUCUAUCACCACAUCUAUAGCAGAUUAAAGUCAUCUGAGCCCUUUUGACAGCAGUCCACGUGGAGUCCUCUUCAUACAUUUGUCACUUUGCGAAUGCCACUUCAGGUGUGACAGAAAGUGUUGUCAAAGCAUACGAGUAUUUGGACAAGGCACCAAAACAUAAUCACUCAUGUCAGAUGGAAUGAGCUGGAAGAUACAGAUAGUUAAUAAUCGAGCAGUCAUCAAAUCAUUGUUCCCCUUGACCUUUCAUUGCUGUGUGCCUUUGAAAUCUGGAAAAUGUAACUUUGUUUCAUGUUAUAAGGCUACUGUUAAAACGUACAAGGCAAUAAAAAUACAAUCUUUAAAAAAAAAAAAAAAAUGUAAAAGGAA